CUGAACUUUCCCCAGCCGGAAGAAGUGUUCCAAAAAUGCCCGAACCGGCCAAGUCCGCCCCCGCGCCUAAGAAGGGCUCCAAGAAGGCGGUCACCAAGACGCAGAAGAAGGGCGACAAGAAGCGCAAGAAGAGCCGCAAGGAGAGCUACUCCAUCUACGUGUACAAGGUGCUGAAGCAGGUGCACCCCGACACGGGCAUCUCGUCCAAGGCCAUGGGCAUCAUGAACUCCUUCGUCAACGACAUCUUCGAGCGCAUCGCCGGCGAGGCGUCGCGCCUGGCGCACUACAACAAGCGCUCCACCAUCACGUCGCGGGAGAUCCAGACGGCCGUGCGCCUGCUGCUGCCCGGCGAGCUGGCCAAGCACGCCGUGUCCGAGGGCACCAAGGCGGUCACCAAGUACACCAGCUCCAAGUAGGGCGUCUCGGAUCGUCACUUUUAACCCAAAGGCUCUUUUAAGAGCCACCCACAUACUCUAUAAAAGAGCUUUUACACGGUAGUGCCUCGGUCUUCUUUGGUAUGAAAAUUUAUUUAGGAAACAGUAGAUAGAAUUUUAAACAUUUAAUCGGCUACUUCAUGUUGCAAUAAAUCCUUAAGUAUUUUACUACUUAAAGGUAAUUCAAAUGCACUCACUAUUCAUAAAUCUAAACGUUUAAAUAUGUUUUCAAUAAAUGGAAACAGUAUUGAGUCUUUUUACAGGAGAAAUGCGAGACAAUACUUGCUAAUUUGUUCCAUCCAAGUUAGGAGUUUCACAGUGUAAUUAGCAAACAUGCUUCAAGAAAAUAAAAACAUUUAAUAUUUUUUAAAAAGCCAGAGGAAAAAAUAAUCGACUCUCUUUACUUUUUGUAUGUUUCGGAAUUGUCUUAAGGCUGAAAAAUUCUGCCUUGUAUGAGAAGGCAGGGACUGCAGGACUAGGGGAAGGGAAAACUCUCCUGAGAUGUGGUAGACGCUUUAAGGUGAUGAGAUCUCACGGAACGCGGGGACCCAGGAGCACGGGUAAGCUCCGAGCCAGCGCCGGUUGCACUCCGUGUUCCUCUCUGUUUCUCCCUUUUUCCACCCCUUCCGCUCCCCCCUUUUCCCCUCCCCUUCCCUUCCCCCUCCUUUCCCUGAAGCGCGGGCUUUUCUAAAUUUCCCGGCGGCCCAAUGAGCGGCUGCGGCUUCUCCCAUCAGGCAGGCCCCGGCGGCGCCGGGCAGCCCCGGUGCUGCGCGGAGCUCUGCGCCGCUCCGCCUCUGCGCUCCCCCCGCGGGGUGCGGGACAACUGCCCGGCCGAGCUCCCGCCGCGCCGCCACCAGCCCGGCAGGGUGCGGAAGAGGAACGCUGGAGACUUCUAUCCGCCUCCUGCCCCGGCAAUCGCCUCCUCGAAAAAGUAGGUCGGUCAAAUCACGCAGAAAUCAAGACCUGCCCCACGACAGCGCUGGCAAGCGGAAAGGUCAUUGCCAAGGAAGCAGCGGAGCCGUGCUGACAGUGCCCUGCUACGGUCACUAGGAGGUGCGGCAAGUCGCAUCCGUGCGGUUAGGAAUCGCACAGAUUUAGAGCAACAAAAAGAACCUCCGCGCCCCAGAAAUGUACCCGCCCUUAAGCAGUCCCUUUAACAUAUACGCCCACUUGCGGUACUCAAAAAAAAAGAAAAAAAAAACAAAACAAACCCACACAAAACCCAACCACCACCAAAAAAAAACACACCAAAAAAAACCCAAACAAACCCAAAAAACCCCCAAAAAACACCCCCCCCCCCAAAAAAAAAACAAAACAAAAAACCAAAAAAACCCAAAAACCACCAAAAAAAAAAUCACCAAAAAACCCCCAGCAGCCUUUAGCAAGCGUUUUCGCAGGGAAGGUAAACUUUUAUUUUUUCAAGUCUGAAGGUAAAACCACGGCCGGAAGUUUAGCGUCCCAUCCACUCCACAGAUGAACGUCCCACACAGCUGGGUAAACAAUUGGCUCUGUUGCAGGCACGGAGCUCAGUGACGGAGUGUAUCAGCCCUUUUGGGGACAAUAGUGGGUGGCUCUUAAAAGAGCCGUUGGGUUUAAAAGUAUUUCCACUUCAAGACUUCAUUUCUUGGGAGCUGCCUUCUUUGCCUUGGCUGCUUUCGGCUUGGCGACCUUGGGCUUGGC